GACAAUUAUUCGAUUUACGUCGGACAGGUCGAUUACUCAACAACACCAGAGGAGCUUUUGGCACACUUUGAAGCCUGUGGGACCGUCGAACGUGUGACAAUUGUUUGUGAUAAGUUUACAGGGAAACCGAAAGGAUUCGCCUACUUGGAGUUUGAGAACGAGUCGUCCGUGGAAAAUGCGUUGAAACUCGACGAAUCCGAGUUUAAGGGCCGACAACUCAAAAUAACCCACAAGCGGGUUAAUCAACCCGGUAUGGCGGGAGGUCCACCACGCGGACGAGGAGGCUUUCGA